GAGGUACCAUUGGUUGGAAAAGACGAGCGAAGGAGAGUAAGAAAAAGAGCACAUUUCAUUCCUUGUUUGUAGGGGAAGAUAUGGGUGCACCCUUAUCAGCAUGGCCUUGGGAGAACUUGGGCGCCUACAAGUAUAUGUUAUAUGGUCCACUCGUUGCAAGGGUUCUAUAUUCAUGGUUUUAUGAAGAUGUGCAAAAGGAUACCUGGUGUCUACACAUUCUCAUCAUCUCCGCCCUUAGGGCACUCACUCAUCAGCUUUGGAGCUCAUAUAGCAACAUGUUAUUCCUUAUCCGCAACAGGAGAGUUAUCAAACAAGGUGUUGAUUUCAAGCAAAUAGACAAGGAAUGGGAUUGGGACAAUUUCUUAAUUCUUCAUGCUAUGAUCUCAGCCAUGGCAUGUUACACCUUCCCAUCCCUUACGAAUCUUCCAUUUUGGAAUUUGAAGGGGUGUAUCUUUGCACUGGUACUCCACAUGGUUGUAUCAGAGCCUUUGUAUUAUUGGCUACACAAGCGUUUGCACACUGAAUAUCUAUUUACAAACUACCAUUACCUCCACCACUCAUCUAUGGUACCUCAGCCAUAUACAGCUGGGAAUGCCACGCUAUUGGAGCACCUUAUGUUGAGUGUGGUCAUAGGGAUUCCUAUAAUGGGGGCUUGUUUGGUGGGUUCCGGAUCAGCGGUCUUGAUCUACGGCUAUCUGUUGAUCUUCGAUUUCUUGAGGAGCAUGGGGCAUAGCAAUGUGGAAUUUAUUCCACAUGGGCUGUUUGAGUCACUACCAUUCCUUAAAUAUCUCAUUUACACCCCAACGUACCAUACCCUACACCACACAGAGAUGGGGACUAAUUUCUGCCUCUUCAUGCCUCUUUAUGACAUGCUGGGAGACACACUCAAUGACAAGUCAUGGGAGUUGCACAAGAAGAUAAGCUCAGGUGCAUGUGACUCAUAUAACCUCCAGCAGUUUGUAGCAAUCCAAAACGACCGUGUGCCGGACUUCGUUUUUCUGGCACAUGUCGUCGACGUGCUCUCCUCUCUCCACGUGCCGUUUGUCCUCCGGUCAUUCAGCUCAGUGCCGUUCUCUACUCGCCUCUUCUUGCUGCCUUUGUGGCCUGGUGCCUUCCUGGUGAUGCUAAUCAUGUGGGCCACAUCAAAAACCUUCUUGAUUUACUUCUACACAUUAAGGGGUCGAUUGAAUCAGACAUGGGCAGUUCCCAGAUUUGGAUUUCAGUAUUUCUUACCCUUUGCUGCAGAUGGUAUCAACUACCACAUUGAACAAGCAAUUCUAAGGGCUGAUAGAUUGGGUGUUAAGGUCCUUAGCUUGGCUGCAUUGAAUAAGAACGAAUCACUCAAUGGAGGUGGGACGCUCUUCGUGAAGAAACUUCCUGAUCUUAAAGUACGAGUCGUCCAUGGAAACACCUUAACCGCUGCAGUCAUCCUCAACGAGAUCGAUAAGGAUGCCGUCAAGGAAGUCUUCUUAACUGGGGCCACUUCUAAGCUUGGAAGAGCGAUUGCCCUCUAUCUAUGUCGAUAUAAGAUUAGAGUCAUGAUGCUAACCUUAUCAGUAGAGAGAUUUCAAUCGAUUCAGAAAGAAGCCCCACAGGAGUACCAGCAGUAUCUAGUUCAUGUUACGAAGUACCAAGCCGCGCAACACUGCAAGACAUGGAUCGUCGGAAAGUGGCUAUCACCGAGAGAACAGACGUGGGCUCCGCCGGGCACUCAUUUCCAUCAAUUUGUUGUCCCACCUAUCUUCUCCUUCAGGAACGACUGCACGUAUGGGAAGCUUGCAGCGAUGAGAUUGCCCGAGGACGUCAAAGGGCUCGGAUCAUGCGAAUACUCGAUGGCAAGAGGCGUCGUUCAUGCGUGUCAUGCGGGUGGCGUGGUCCACCUUUUAGAGGGGUGGACACACCAUGAGGUUGGCGCCAUCGACGUGGAGAAGAUCGAUUUGGUUUGGCAAUCUGCAUUAAAGCAUGGUUUUAGGCCAGUGUGAAGCUUCAAAGAAAGAACAAACGAAAAAUUCCAUAGAACUCUCUCUCUCUCUCUCUCUCUCUCUCUCUCUCUCUCUCUCUCUCUCUAUCUAUUUUACAUUGUUUACAUUGUAGUUAGGCAGUUGAAAUCCACGAUGGGAAAUCAAAAGCAUGUAACAUGCUCGUGAAUGUUAAGUAGAGACUGAUAUGUGAUGAAAGAAAAAACAUUCAAGGUAUUGUGUUACAGGUGUGUUAAUCCAAUAAAAGGCAAACUGUCCUUUUUCGUUUGGUA